AUGGCCUCGAUCUCUCGAACCAACAUUGUUAGUUGGCUUUUCUUCUCCCUUCUCUUUGUAGUGUCUUCUUUGGCAUUGUCCCGUCCACUUGUAGAGUCCUCCAAUACUGACCAAAUGUACUGUAAUUGGAUGACUAAACAUGGGCGUGUCUACAAGGACUCGCAAGAAAUGGCCAAGCGACACAAAAUAUUUUUGGAGAACGUCAAGCUUAUUGAAGAUUUCAAUGCCCAAAAGGAUGUCGGUUUCAAGCUUGCAGUAAACCGCUUUGCAGACAUGACAAAUGACGAGUUUCGAGCUUCAUUAACCGGUUACAAGAUGGAAUCUAGGGUUACAAAACCUAACGCCGGUUUUAGGUAUUCUAAUGAUACUAACCCUCCUGAGUCCAUCGACUGGAGAAAAUUAGGCGCUGUCACGCCUAUCAAGAACCAAGGAAGUUGUGGAGCUUGUUGGGCAUUUUCUGCCGUGGGAGCAGUGGAAAGCAUUAACCAAAUAAAAAACGGAAAAUUGGUCUCCCUUUCGGAGCAACAACUGGUGGAUUGCGACGUUGACGGGACCAACAACGGAUGCAACGGCGGUUUCAUGGACGAUGCGUUCGAUUUCAUUGUUAAAAACAAAGGUCUCGCGACAGAGGAAGUGUACCCCUACAUUGGGUCCGAUAACGGGGUAUGCAACGAUAACAAGACACUCAUGGUGUCAGCGACAAUCACAGGGUACGAGGAUGUCCCCGGCAACAACGAGACCGCGCUGGAAAUGGCGGUGGCUAAUCAACCCGUCUCUGUUGCAGUGGAUGCUGGUGGUUUUAAGUUUCAAUUCUAUAGUUACGGUAUUAUGUCAGGAUUCUGUAGCACCCAAUUGAACCAUGGGAUCAUUGCGGUUGGGUAUGGUCAGGAUUAUGAUUCGGGGAGGAAAUAUUGGCUGAUGAAGAACUCGUGGGGAGAUAAUUGGGGAGAAGAUGGGUAUUUGAGGAUGGCUAAAGAUAUUACUUAUGAUGAAGGAAUGUGUGGAUUAGCCAUGAUACCAUCUUACCCUGUCGUGUGA